AUUAAAAAAUUGGAAAAAAUUCACAGUGACUACAUGAAACUGAAGAAUCAUCGAAGUCGUGCAAAGACAUCGAAAAGACAACGAACAAAUGUGGAACAGUUUAGCAAACGUCUUGAUAAAUUAUUUGACAUUGCAAAUUGUGCUGCACUAAAAAAUUUAUCGAAAAAUUUGCAGCAAUUUUUGACAGAUUGUCGUAAAGGAAAUAGAAAUAUCCAUCUACCAGCAAUUGACGUUAUACCAGAAGAAACUUCUGGAAAUCUGUCUGCGAUGGAAGUAGAAACUCCCAAUAAUGAGGAAAUUGGAAUGAAAUUAUCCCAACAGUCGUCCUUAAAUAGUUUCUGUAGUUCCAUAUCAAAUUCCAGUGAAUUGAAGCGAACUUGUUCAGACUUUGAAGAUACAAUGCCAGCGCCUAAGAAAAAUAAAAUUGAUAUUCUGACUUCGGAAUUAGUAUUAGCACUAGAUAGAACUAAAACUAGUAACAGAAAUGCGAUGUACAUCAUUUCUGCUGUUAUUCAAAGUUUAGGACUUGAGAUUGAUAAAUAUAAUUUAAGUUACUCCACUAUUCGCAAUGCGCGUAUUUCAAAAAGAGAAGAAAUUGUCGAUACGAUCAAAGAAGAAGAAAUUUUUGAUGACUCUCUCGUAGUGCACUGGGAUGGAAAGAUGCUUCCUGUGGGAAAUGGUCAACCAAAAGCAGAACGAUUAUCAAUACACGUCACCGGAAUAAAUACUGAUAAAAAUAUAAAAACUCCGAUUCUCUCUGAUGGCACAGGUGAAAGCCAUGCUUCAGCCAUUUUUGAAACGCUGAUAGAGUGGGAUCUUAGCGAUAAUGUUAAAGCAAUGUGCUUUGAUACAACUAGUUCAAAUACCGGUUGUUUUAAUGGCGCAUGUGCAUUAUUAGAAGAUAAAAUUGGCCGUGACUUAUUAUAUCUUGCUUGUCGCCAUCAUACUUCUGAAUUGAUGUUACGAAAUGUUGCAGAAGUUGCUUGGCCAGUGACGAAUAGUCCAAAUGUACCAAUUUUCAAAAGACUCAGAGAUAAUUGGGAAAAAAUUGAUAAAUCUGCGUAUGAAAUCGGCACAGAGGAUAAAGAUAUUGCACUUAUUUUUAAAUCAAAGAAAAGACGAUAUUCUUGA